AAGAGAAGUAGAGGAAAAAGUGACACACGGUAACAGUGGGGAAGGGUGUGCCGAGACCAUUUCAACGGCCAAGAAACACAGCAACCAAAAUUGACACCCUCAGACACGAGGCACACUGAGUUGGGUUGUUGAAGCUUAUCCCGUUAAACAUUUAAUUCAACCAAAAAUAACACCAAACUUUCAAUACACACACCCCAACACCACCCCACCCCACCCCCCAAAAAAAAAAAAAAAAAAAAAAACAAGAAGGAAGCUGGAAAAGCAAGUCAACGCUCAACAAAGUCCUUCUCUUGUACCCCUUCUCGCAAUCUUCAACAAGAUCAUCCAAAAUAUCAAUACCCCCAAUCAUCCAUACUAAAGUUGCAGUUGCCAGGAAAGAAAGGUAGGAUUCUCUUUUUGAUACCAGAUCUGGGUUGUUCUCUCGAAGAACCUUGUUGGGUUGUGUCGAGGUUUUGUCAUUCUGGAGUUCUCUGAAUCUGAAAGCUUAGGAUUUUGUGGGCUGUUGAGGGAGAUGGGGGCUUGCUGCAGCAAUCGAAUCAAGGCUGAGAGUCCAGUUCAUACAGGGGCGAGCUCGAAAAAUGUCAGCAAAGAUGAGAAUGAUCUGAGUAGGUCAAGUAGCAAGUUCUCAUCCACUUCCAUUCCCCAAACUCCACGUACUGAGGGUGAGAUAUUGCAGGCCUCCAAUUUAAAGAGCUUCGGUUUCAGUGAGCUCAGAACAGCGACUAGAAACUUCCGUCCUGAUAGUGUAUUAGGAGAAGGUGGUUUUGGUUCUGUUUUUAAGGGGUGGAUUGACGAGAAUUCACUCAUGGCUACAAGACCUGGGGCAGGCAUGGUGGUUGCUGUGAAGAGGCUUAACCAAGAAGGGUUUCAGGGUCACAGGGAAUGGUUGGCAGAAAUAAACUAUCUCGGGCAGUUGCAGCAUCCUAAUCUUGUGAAAUUAAUUGGUUACUGUUUAGAAGAUGAGCACCGGCUUUUGGUAUAUGAGUUCAUGCCCAAGGGUAGCAUGGAGAAUCAUUUAUUCAGGAGAGGAUCUUAUUUCCAGCCGCUUUCUUGGAGUGUUCGAAUGGAAGUUGCCAUUGGUGCUGCAAGGGGGCUUGCCUUUCUUCACAAUGCUGAAACACAAGUCAUCUAUCGGGACUUCAAGACUUCUAAUAUACUGCUUGACUCGAACUACAAUGCAAAACUUUCUGAUUUUGGGUUGGCCAGGGAUGGGCCAACUGGAGAUAAGAGCCAUGUCUCGACCAGAGUUAUGGGGACCUAUGGAUAUGCUGCUCCGGAGUACCUAUCUACAGGUCAUCUAACAACCAAGAGUGAUGUAUAUAGUUUUGGAGUAGUUCUUCUAGAAAUGUUAUCUGGUCGCCGAGCAGUAGACAAGAAUAGGCCAUCUGGAGAACACAACCUGGUGGAGUGGGCAAAACCUUACCUGACUAGCAAGCGUAAAAUUUUUCGUGUUAUUGAUACCCGUCUUGAAGGUCAAUACUCGCUAGAUCGGGCCCAAAAGGCAGCUAUGCUUGCACUUCAAUGCCUAUUAACAGAGCCCAGGGCCAGACCAAACAUGGAUGGGGUGGUAACAGCCUUGGAACAGAUUUGCGAACCAAAAGACAAGUUGAGAAGUACUACAAAAGAGCAGCAUUCGAAUCAUCAGAGCCGACCCAAUGAUCGACCUAGAUAUCACAGAAGAAGUGCGGAUGCAAGUUCUUAUCCCAAGCCUUCUGUUGCCAUACUUUAGACUUAGAAGUGAAAUUUUAUUUAUUUAUUUAUGUUGCAGUAACUUCUUUUUCUGAUCUGAAUGAUUCUCAGCACCAGCCGAACAGGGUUUCUGCAGCUGGGACAUGCAUGUAGUAUACUUAUGUUAGUUUGAGCAUUGUAUAGUUGGGGUUUUGGCUAAUGUAUUUAAAAUCAACCUUCUCAGUUUCUGGGGUUUGUGGAGAGCUUAUAAUGGACGGCAAGAGUUUGGGAAA